AAUCAUUUUAUUUUUGGUCUCUUCUCUGUAUAAAAAGAAAUCCGAUCCAGCUAAUGCCAUUUCAACCGACACGCCUCUGCCAUAGCCAUCUCCACACUCAUCUCUUUUCAUUCUUGUGAAUUUGCAAAUACAACAAAAUCAUUGUUCUAAACACACAUAUUUUUAUACAUAGAGAGAGAGAGGAGUUAAUUUCCAAAAAGAAACUCAUAGAAGGUGAAGAUUGAGAACAAGUGAUGGCGCUUACAAAACCAAUUAUGGGUUGUUCUUCAUUGGUAGAGAGGUCCUUGUUUGUUCCUUCUUCCCCUCCAUCGCUUACACGCCAUGCUUUUCAACUCAAACAAACACGGUUCUCUGUUCCUUUUGAGAACACAAGAGUGGGGAGGUUGAGAAGGCCUUCGAAGUUUCCUGUGGCAGCUAUAAGUGAAGAUUUGAUGAAGGGUUCUUCUUCUUCUUCUUCUUCUUCUUCAUCAUCAUCUUCUUCUUCAGUGUCUGUAGAGAAACCGGUGAAAUUCAAGGUUAGAGCUGUGAUCACAGUAAGGAACAAGAUCAAGGAGGAUUUGAAAGAGACCAUUGUGAAGCAUAUUGAUGCUUUAACUGACAGGAUUGGAAGGAAUGUUGUGCUUGAACUUGUUAGCACCGAGAUUGAUCCAAAAACCAAAGCUGCAAAGAAGAGUAAUGAAGCAGUGCUGAAGGAUUGGUCAAAGAAGUCCAAUGUUAAAGCAGAGAGAGUUAAUUACACAGCUGAAUUCAUAGUUGAUUCCAACUUUGGAGAGCCAGGAGCUAUUACUGUGACAAACAAACAUCAGAAAGAGUUCUUCUUGGAAAGUAUAACCAUUGAAGGAUUUGCCAGUGGACCAGUUCAUUUCCCCUGCAACUCAUGGGUACAAGCCAGAAAAGAUCAUCCUGGAAAGAGGAUAUUCUUUUCUAACAAGCCAUGUUUACCGGGCGAUACACCUGCUGGGCUUAGAUUAUUGAGGGAGAAAGAGCUGAGAAAUCUCAGAGGUGAUGGCAAAGGAGUUAGAAAUUUAUCUGAUAGAAUAUACGACUAUGACAUAUACAACGAUUUGGGAAAUCCAGAUAAAGGAGUUGAACUUGCUAGACCAAAUCUUGGGGGAUCAGAAAUGUAUCCAUACCCAAGACGGUGUCGUACUGGCCGUGAACCAUCCGACACAGAUAUGUACGCAGAGAGUCGUGUGGAGAAGCCACAGCCUAUGUAUGUGCCUAGAGAUGAACGUUUUGAGGAGUCUAAGCAGAACACAUUCUCUGUGAAGAGGCUCAAAGCAGUGUUGCAUAACUUGAUUCCUGGCCUUAAGGCCAGCCUUUCUGCUAACAAUCAAGAUUUCAAUGAAUUCUCAGAUGUUGAUGGCCUUUAUAGUGAAGGACUCCUCAUAAAAUUGGGGUUGCAAGAUGAAGUUUUGAAGAAAAUUCCAUUUGUCAGCAAGAUUCAAGAAUCCAGCCAGGGUCUUCUUAAGUAUGACACACCUAAGAUUAUUUCCAAGGACAAAUUUGCCUGGCUGCGAGAUGACGAAUUUGCCCGCCAAGCAAUAGCAGGAGUUAAUCCUGUUAAUAUUGAAAGCCUUAAAGUUUUCCCACCUGUAAGCCAGCUAGACCCUGAAAUUUAUGGUCCACAAGAGUCUGCUCUUAAGGAAGAACACAUUUUGAGUCAACUCAAUGGCAUGACUGUUCAACAGGCAAUCGAGGAAAAUAAGCUUUUUAUCAUAGAUUAUCAUGAUAUCUACCUUCCUUUCCUUGAAGGGAUCAAUGCUCUUGAUGGUAGAAAAUCGUAUGCUACACGUACCAUCUUUUUCUUGACACCCCUUGGUACUCUCAAGCCUGUGGCCAUAGAACUUAGCCUGCCUCCUGCUGGUCCUUGUUCGCGAUUGAAACGCGUGGUUACACCUCCAAUUGAUGCAACUACUAAUUGGGUAUGGCAACUUGCCAAGGCCCAUGUUUGCUCCAAUGAUGCUGGGGUGCACCAACUUGUUAACCAUUGGUUACGCACACAUGCUUGCGUGGAACCAUUUAUAUUGGCGGCUCAUAGGCAAUUGAGUGCUAUGCAUCCAAUUUUCAAGUUAUUGGACCCACACAUGAGGUACACUUUGGAGAUCAAUGCCUUAGCUCGCCAAAGCUUGAUCCAUGCUGAUGGAAUCAUUGAAAGUUGUUUCACUCCUGGUCGCUAUGCCAUGGAGCUUAGUUCUGCUGCUUACAAAAAUUUUUGGCGCUUUGACAUGGAUAGCCUCCCUGCAGAUCUCAUCCGCAGGGGAAUGGCAGUACCUGACCCAACACAGCCACAUGGUCUAAAGCUAGUAUUGGAAGAUUACCCUUAUGCAGCUGAUGGGAUACUAAUUUGGUCUGCAAUAGAAGAUUGGGUUCGCACCUAUGUGAACCAUUACUAUCCACAUUCAAGCCUUAUAUGCAAUGACAAAGAGCUACAAUCUUGGUACUCUGAGUCAAUCAAUGUGGGUCAUGCUGAUCUUAGGCAUGAAAGUUGGUGGCCCACGUUGAGCAAUAGUGAAGAUCUUGUCUCCAUCCUUUCCAUAAUAAUUUGGAAUGCAUCUGCACAACAUGCUGCUCUUAAUUUUGGGCAGUAUCCUUAUGGUGGCUACGUGCCAAAUCGUCCACCGUUGAUGCGAAGAUUAAUACCCGAAGAGAGUGAUCCAGAGUAUGCAAGUUUCCUUGCUGACCCACAAAAGUAUUUUCUUAAUGCAUUACCUAGCUUGUUGCAAGCUACAAAAUUUAUGGCUGUGGUUGACACACUCUCCACUCACUCACCUGAUGAGGAGUACUUGGGAGAGAGGCAACAACCUUCCAUUUGGUCUGGUGAUGCUGAGAUCAUUGAGGCAUUCUAUGAUUUCUCUGCAAAGAUUAGGCAGAUAGAGAAGGUGAUUGAUAGCAGGAACCUUGAUAGGACUCUAAGGAACCGUUGUGGUGCUGGUGUGUUGCCUUAUGAGUUACUUGCUCCUAGCUCUGAACCUGGUGUUACUUGCAGAGGAGUACCCAAUAGUGUGUCCACAUAAAUAUCCCAAACUAAUAAAUAAGGGCGUCACAUCUCACAUUUUGAUAAGCAUUAAUAUGUGAUUGCCUUAAUAGUUACUACUGUGGACAGUGACUUAGUGGAUAAUCAUUUUGUACUUAGAUUUGAUAAGAUUUAGUAUAUAUAUUGGUAACCUAAGGCUGUAUAGACUAUAUCAAAGUGAGUUCGGUGUGAUGGAGGUGGUGUGAAUGUUUAUAUCAUUAUUAUUAUUAUCACAUUGACUUAUUUUCAGUUGCACUAUUAUGUUGUUUUUUAUUGCAAAUAUUGCGGGUUUUAUUAAGUUUUUCAAUUAGAGAAAAUCAUCCUAAGCAAGGCAUUCAGCGAUGGAUUUUACUAAAUUGUAUAAUUUUAUAGUAUCACAAUUUUUUUUAAACUU